AUGUUUGUGUUCGUGAAAAUCACUGCUUAUGAUGGGAUUUACUAUCUUGGCAUCGAUUGCUCAGUGCAAAAUGCUAUGAUGAAUUGCCAUAAUAAGACAUUUCGUUGCAGAAUGUUGCAUCAGCGAGCAGAUGGAACGUUUCUGGUGAGGGAAUCUACAAAUUUUCCUGGCGAUUACACACUUUCAAUGGCGUACAGAGGGAAGGUCGAGCAUUAUCGCAUCUACCAGAGUGGCGGACAAAUCACCUGCGACAACGAGGAGUUUUUUGCUAACCUCACACAACUAGUUUCGCAUUACAAGCGGGAUGCUGACGGGCUGUGUCAUCGCCUUGUAACUCCUAUUAUUUGCGAGAACUACCACAUUCCAUCCACUAGCGAUAACAUUGAGGACCGAACGAGCGCGUUUCUGAAAGCGGGGCUUGUCAUACCGUCUGGUGAAAUUCGAUUAGGAGACAUCAUAGGUCAUGGAGAAUUUGGAGGUGGGAUUAUGCGGAGAAUCUGUAAUGAUUGUGGAGUUACUUGGAAUUCUUACAUUCAAACGCCGUUCCAGAUGUGCUCAUAGGA